AUGAACUUAACAGAACAUCACCAAAGAUUAAAUAAAGAAUUACAUGAUAUUAUUAAUGAUUAUGAUCAAUUUAAACAAAGAAUUAAUGAACGAAAACAAAAUCCAUAUAAUCAUGUAUUAAUAAAAGAAAUUGAUCAAUGGGAAAGAACUUCAAUAGAAAAAAUUCAACAAAAAGCAAAAGACAGUAGAGAAAUUGUCACUAAAUCAUCACAAACAUGUAUUAAUGACAAUGAAAAGAAAUAUAAUGAUUUAACGGAACAAAUACAACAACUUGAUAAAGAAAAUGACUUUAAUGAAAGUAAUUUCAAUUAUUUAACAAAUCAAUUAACAAAAAUUACAGAAAAAUUAAAUAAUCCAUCUACUAUUUCUAUUGAACAAGAUUCACAAGCAUUUAUUAAUGAUGUUUCAAUUAUCUUAUCGAAAAAACCAAAAUUCAACAAAUAUAAACAAAAUGCUAUCACUGUAGCUGGUGGAAAUAAACAAGGACACGAAUUAAAUCAACUCAUUGGUCCUAUGGGAAUCUUUAUUGAUGAAAAGAAGAAUAUUUUCAUUGCUGAUACUCAUAAUCAUCGUAUUAUUGAAUGGAAAUGUGAUGCAAAAGAAGGACAUAUCACUGCAGGUGGAAAUGGCAGGGGAGAUCGAAUGAAUCAAUUGAAUCAACCUCAAGAUGUGAUUGUUGAUCCGAAGAAUCAUUCGAUCAUCAUUGCUGAUUAUAGUAACAGACGAGUGAUUCAAUGGUUAAAUCAAAAUCAACAAAUCCUAAUUGAUAAUAUUGACUGUUAUAGCUUGGCAGUAGAUCAACAUGGAUUUCUUUAUGUUUCAGAUUGUGAGAAGAAUGAAGUUAGACGAUGGAAAAUUGGAGAAUCUAAUAACGAAGGAAUGAUAGUAGCAGGUGGAAAUGGAAAAGGAGAUCAACUCAAUCAACUUAACUUCCCUACUUUUAUUUUUGUUGAUGAAAAUCAAUCUGUUUAUGUAUCAGAUAUGAGCAAUCACCGUGUGAUGAAAUGGAGAAAAGAUGCAAGAGAAGGAAGAAUUGUGGCUGUCGGAAAUGGUAAAGGAGCAAAUCUGAAUCAACUGUCUGAACCUCAAGGAGUCAUUGUUGAUCAUUUUGGUCAAAUCUAUGUAGCAGAUUAUGGAAAUGCUCGCAUAAUGCGUUGGUAUGAAGAAAAAGAAGAAGGUGAAAUUAUUGUCGGUAGAAAUGCUGAAGGCAAUCAAUUGAAUGAUCCCUGUGGUUUAUCUUUUGAUGAUGAAGAAAAUCUUUAUGUUGUUGAUUCUCAUAAUCAUCGAAUUCAAAAGUUUGAAAUAAUUGUGUGA